AUGUAUGGGCACCACUUCAACGACCCAGACGCGCUGGAGAAUAUUUGGGCACACUUCGGCGAGGAGUAUAGGGCAAAAGAUAUCGUUUGGCUGAAAGAGUUCAAAGCUUUCAAGGACAAGUCCAGUGCCAUUAAUCAGGAUACUGGUGUCAAUGGGGAACUUACUGGUAUGAUCAUGAGAUGUUGCCAUCCUUCACGGACAUUGGCCGUCGGAAAUAUGGAAUCCAAAAGAAUCAUUGAGAAGAGCUUGCCUGUACGUUGUCUGUUCAAUGAAACUGUGAUGGAGGCGAUGUGGGGCCUGAAGAAUCUCAUGCACGUUUUAGUACCAGCAGAAAAACUCGAGCUGACAAAGAAAGAUCGCCUACCAAUGAGCCAAGGACUAAAAUGGCUGCUGGAUCGUUAUGGCUUCGGUGUGAAACCAGAGAUGGUCUCUGAAGCAAUGAUUAUGGCGGCAUGCGUCUUGUACGAUUCUGAUAUUUGUGAGAGGAAUCUUUCUACCCCGCUGCGCAAGGUGGUGACCUCCUUCAGGAAAGUUGAUGGCAAUAAUAUGUGUGCUGACUGUGGUGCUUCAGAACCUGAUUGGGCAUCAUUAAACCUUGGUGCACUUCUAUGCAUAGAGUGUUCUUGGGGUGCGCAGAAAUCUUGGAGUGCAUAUAUCAAAGCAAAUGGAUGGGGUGUUAAAAACCAAAUUGUCUCGAAGAGUCUCCAUGCAAAGAAUGGUUGCACAAAUAUGACUCCUUACAGAUUACUAACAAGGGCACCCACCCCCCUGGGCGCCAAAUCUGCACUCAAUUCCGAAAUGACACUUAGCGGUGAUUGGAGGGGCUACAUUCUUGGCAAGAUUCUUGAGUAUAUAGACAAAGAAUUCAUACGGAACCAUAGCAUGGAUGAGAACCAGCUAGCUCAGCCGAUGUGGAAUAGUGUAGCUGCAAAUGACAAGAAAGCAGCAUACAGUCUCAUUGUGAGAUCACGUGCCAAUGUAAAUUUAGUUUAUGGAGAGAUGCCUUCUAGCCCAUUUUUGACUCUUGGAAAAGCACUUCAGCAAGAGCAACCGGCUUCACCACCUGAUGGAAGUCCUAGAUUUUUCGAUUGCAAUUCACAUGACAAGAUUUCUCCUCGAGAGCCCCUUUCCCCUGCUAGCACGACUGCACGAGUUCACGCACAGAUGACAUGGAGGACAGUUGUGAAGGGUUCGGACACCCCUUCAUCACUGCAUUUUGAAAGGAAGACAUCGACAUGCAAAGCUUCUCCUCUCCAGGUAGAAUUCCAUGCUAGGAAUCUUACUACCUUUGAAUACUAUGGACGGUUUAUACCAAUUGGACUCAGCCACUCAUUGAAGAUACAAAGUGCAAAUAUUAUGUUCUACGAGGCAGUUUUUCAGGAUGCCCUCAUAUCACUUCUCAACGGUCUUCCAAACGUGGAAAAUCUAACUUUCCGUAUUGCGUGGCUAGAGCUAAUAAAGAAGCAAUGUUUGUGGGACAACCCAUUGAAGUUUUCCCGUCUUAAGCACGUGCAGUUGUUCCUGAAUAUACCUGGCAGAAAUGAAGAUAGCAUUCUUUAUUCAGUAUCAUUUCUGAGGGCCACACCUUUUAUUGAGGACUUGGAGGUUCAUUUUGGUGGCACUACAUCUUUAUGGUUGGCAGACGUGGGUCCUCGUAGGCAGGACAUUGGGCAAUGCAAUCCCUACAAUCGUUUGAAGAAGAUGUGCAUUGCAGGAUUCAAAGGGGCAAGAGGACAAGUCGAAUUUAUGUUACACGUUGUCGAAAAUGCUCCUGCACUGGAGGUUAUAACUGUAGAUACACAUAAACGUAGUACUUCUGCUGGUGAUCUUUGGACGAUAAAGAGUGGACCACCGCCCUUUGAGGAAGCUAAGAGGAUUGCUAUGACAUGCCUAAGUAGAACAAUCCCACCAAGUGUCAAGCUUGAUGUUAUUUAG